AUGAAGCUCAAGAUGAGCAUCGUAAUGAUUCUCUGGUCGCUGUUCCUGGCGACCAUGGCCAUGGGCUUCAACGGCCUCGAUACCUCUGAGGGACUGCGCCGUCGUGAGGUUGACCUAGUCUUCGUUGGCUCCAACGAUGCCAUCGACCCUGCUUCGACUAUGACCUUUACUGAUACCACGACUCUGACUGUCUGCGGAACCGAUGAUCUCACCUGCACGACUUCUACUGGAGUCAAUAGUGCCCCGACCGGUAAGGUUACUACGACUGAUACUUGCACGGUCACUCAGACCUCGACAAGCACCGAGACCGAGUCUCCCACUGGCCAUAUUUCCACCGAGACCAAGACUCCUUCUGCCUCUACCAUGACCGAUACCGUGUGCACUGAGACUGAUUCUCCCGCUGUCUCUACCGUGACCGAGACCGAGUGCACCGAGACCGAGUCUCCUACUGGCAAUACUCUCACUGAGACCAAGACUCUCUCUGUCCCAAUGUUGACCGAUACCGAGUGCACUGGGACUGAGUCUUCUACCAGCGGGGCUCCUGGAGCUCCGCUGGCUACUACCCACAUCACUGAGACUGCCACUGAGACGACCGAGUGCCCUCACGGCAAUGCGUGCACUGAAAAGCAUACCACGCUCUCUUCGGUUGCUAAGGUCAGCGGCAUUGGUGCUGGUACUGGAACUGGACUCCCUUCCUUCCCUUCUGGUGGAGCCUAUACCAACACCACUGGAAAUGGUGUAACCAUUUCCAAAGGUACCAACCCUUCUGGCAAGAUCCCUAGCGCCCCGACUGCUUUGCCCAUGAAUAAUGACGCUGAUCCCCCACUGGCUCAAGUCGGCGGGCUGAUUCCUGCCGUCAUCUUCAUGUGGUUGGUUGUGUUGUGA